GCCAAAUUUUUUCCAAAAUCAUAUUCAUCCAAUCCAUUAUUGCGUUGACACACUGAACCUUAGCUUUCUGUCUCCCUCUUUUCCAGUGUGUAUGGCUUUGAAUUUGAGAGAAGAUCUGGCAGAGAUUGAAUAGUCCCAAGUUUUGUUGUUCCUUUUUGGGUGAUGCAGCAAAGCAAAAUCUUAGUAGUAGGCGAAGCAGUCGCUAUUUUGUGUUUCUUCAGAUUCCACAGUGUCUGCAUUUUCUUGUUGUGUCUUUGAUUUCUCCGAAGAUAGUGGAAGGAAAUCUUUGUACUUUCUUCAACUUGUCGCCGUCGCCAUCGCCAUCGCCCCCUGAAAAGGCUACUGUAUACUAUAUAAACAUAUCAAAUUUGCUUACCUUUUGGGUACGAAUUAAGCAAAAAUCAUCAUUUCUUACGUUUUUAGUUGUGUGUUGUUUCAAAGAAUAAUGGGUUUUGGAUGGUGGAGUUUUCUUGCUCCUGCUCUUGCUGCAUUUCUCUUCUUCCAUGGCCUUUGUUCCUCUGAAAAAGCUCCAAAUUUCAGUUUCUUGCUAAAUGCAACGUCGGCUCCGGCGGUAUCAUACUACGACUACAUCAUCGUCGGCGGAGGGACGGCGGGGUGCCCGUUGGCUGCGACGCUGUCGGAAAACUACACCGUUUUACUGAUCGAACGCGGCGGCUCCCCUUACGGAAACCCCAACAUCACCAACUUAUCGGCAUUCGGCGCCGCACUCUCCGAUCUCUCCCCCUCUUCACCUUCCCAGCGUUUCAUCUCCGAGGACGGUGUCAUCAACUCCCGCGCCCGCGUCCUCGGCGGCGGGAGUUGUCUCAAUGCCGGAUUUUACACACGCACCUCCCCGGAUUACGUCAGAGAGGCGGGAUGGGAGGAGAAGUUGGUGGAGGAGUCAUACGAGUGGGUGGAGCGAGUGGUGGCGUUCGAGCCGCCGAUGGGGCAGUGGCAGUCGGCGGUGAGGGCUGGUUUAGUGGAAGCCGGGGUGGUGCCGGAUAAUGGGUUCACCUACGAUCACUUAUACGGGACCAAGGUGGGUGGAACCAUUUUCGAUCCUGAAGGCCACAGACACACGGCUGCUGAUCUAUUGGCCUACGCCAAUCCUCAUAAUCUAACCCUCCUACUCUACGCCACCGCCCAUAGGAUCCUUUUCACUACCCGAGGAGAAGGGAGGCCCAGGGCCCACGGAGUAGUGUUCGAAGACUCGAACGGGAGAAAACACAGCGCCUACCUCAAGAAUGGGCCGAAGAACGAAAUAAUAGUGUCAGCGGGCUGUCUUGGAAGCCCACAACUUCUGAUGCUAAGUGGGCUGGGCCCAGCAGAGCACCUGAAGGCCCAUAACAUAACAGUGGUGUUGGACAAGCCCACGGUGGGGCAGAGGGUGUCGGAUAACCCCAUGAACGCCGUUUACAUCCCGUCCCCGGUCCCGGUGGAGGUGUCCCUGAUUCAGGUGGUCGGAAUCACCCAUCUCGGAACCUACAUCGAAGCCGCCAGCGGCGAGAACUUCGCCGGCAGCCCCUCCACCAGAGAUUUCGGCAUGUUCUCCCCCAAGAUUGGGCAGCUGUCGACGAUGCCGCCGAAGCAGAGAACGGCGGAAGCCAUCGCGAGAGCGGUGGAGCAAAUGAACAGCCUAGACGAAGCCGCGUUCAGAGGAGGCUUCAUUCUGGAAAAAAUAGCGGGUCCAGUGUCGUCGGGUCAUCUGGAGCUCCGAACCCGGGACCCGAACGACAACCCGUCCGUCACUUUCAACUACUUCAAAGAAGCCGCGGAUCUGGAGCGGUGCGUGGCGGGCAUGACCCUGAUCCAGCGGGUAAUCGAGUCGAGGGCGUUCGCGAAGUUCCGAUACGGCAACGUUUCGGUGGCGGCGCUUCUGAACAUGACGGCGAGCGCGCCGGUCAACCUGGUGCCGAAGCAGGGGAACGCGACGAGGUCGCCGGAGGAGUACUGCAGGGAGACGGUGAUGACGAUCUGGCAUUACCACGGCGGUUGCCAAGUCGGGUCGGUGGUGGAUUCGGAUUACAGGGUUUUUGGAGUGGAUUCGUUGAGGGUUGUUGAUGGAUCCACUUUUCAUGAUUCUCCCGGAACUAACCCUCAGGCCACCGUUAUGAUGCUCGGCAGGUACAUGGGAGUUAGAAUAUUGAGGGAAAGGCUUGAAAGCAUCACUCAAAAAUAAAAUGAUCAAAGAGAGACAAUUUUUAUAUAUCCAAUGCUUAUAUAUAUUGUUCUUUCCGCGGUUAAUUUUAAGCUCAUUUGAAACCUUAUAAAACUAUAUGAGAUUAUUGAGGUUGAGGAAUUCAGAUGGUUCUACUUUUUCUUUUCCAUAUAAUGAGUUUAUUUAAAUGUAAUAUACUAUAGUUUGUGGUCAUUUUAAUGUAAUAUACUA